AUGUCGGAUUUGAUAACGUUGAAGAAUAGGUAUGAGACGGUGCAGGCUAUUGAAGAUAGCAAAGACCAGAUUAUCGAGAACCUCCUUUGCUACGUUGAAAGCCUCCAAAGUGAUCUUCAACAAGAGAAAGACGAAUCCCAAGAUCAGAAAAAGCUAGCUGGGGCUUAUAGGGAUGAAGUCAAGAAAUUUGAGUAUCUUCUUGAAGAGAAGUCUCGUAAGGAAGCAAAAUUAAAGUUUGCAUCAGUACUCGUUGAUGGCGACCAUAUGAACUUUCUGGAUGAGUUCGUUCAAGACGGACAAAGAGGCGGUCGGUCCGCAGCAAAGGCUCUCAUGGGGGCAGUACAGGUCCAUGUGCGAAAGGUUGCCCCUGAUGUCGACGCCAACAUCCAUUACAAAAUUCGGAUGUAUGCGAACGUGACUGGUUUAGCAAAGACGUAUCGUGAUACGGGCAUAAUAAACUCGGAAGAAGUCUUGCGAGCUUUUAUCCAAGGAUUCAACAUGGAAGGGCCCCUAUGUGACUUUGUGGAUGCUGGUAAUGGAAAGGAAUGCUCCGAUGUGAAAAUCCGAGGUGAUGCCAUGAUGCUUCUCAUCUCGAGCGUGAGGGGCACUUGCUAA